AUGGCUUUCCCUGACUCGAUAGCUGUCCAUGAUGCGUUCAUCCUCCUCUGCAGCUUCUUUGCAUUGUGUGAGUAUGGUUCAUGAAUCUGGCUGUCCAACAGGCAAGCUAGGUAACGUAGCUAGCUAGCUAGGUAAGUAAAGUAAGCUCUUACUGUUAUCUAAUCUUAGUUCAGUGGUUGCCAUGGCGCCAUGAGGAAGCCUUGGCAGAGAGCUCUGUAAAUGUUGUACAUAUUUUUGUUAUUUUAAGUAUUUUUUGUUUCAUUUUUAAAAUAUAUUUUGGGGGGUUUGAUAACCCGGUGAGGGUUGGGCUAAAAUAUCUGUUGGUGACUCAUCGAGUUGCAGGACUGACGAUGGCAGGUCUGUUUACUUGUCUUGGUUAACUAUAGCUAGCUGGCUAAUCUAAUUUGAAUGAUGCAUCCAACACCUGAUCUACAACAGCACCGGUUUUUUAUUACACCUGCCCGUUUCUGGAUGGACGUGGACUGUGUGAGGGGAUUACAGAUAACUGCCAAGGUGUGUUGGUCUCUCAGCCGCUUAUAGCUGCCGAAAGAUGACCCAGGUGGGUGCUACACUUUCGGUGGUGGAUGUUCAAGCCUAUACAGAGGAGUAGCUGUGAACUUAAGCGACAGAAGUGCCUGAUGAAAAGCUCCGGGCCUGCCUGUCUGACUGAUGGCUGUACCAUCGAUGCCACCACCAACACUCAAGUUACUCCUAUCUGUGGAAGACCAUCUCCCAUGAACUGCCAGCUGCCUGAAUAGUUUUUGUUGUAGUUUUUUUAAGUGACUUUGAGAUACUGUAUAAAAAGUGGUGGCUAUAUAAAAUAAAUAUAGUAUUAUUAUUUGAUGAUUUAAAAAAAAUUCUAACUUUACUUUCAACUUUGAUUUUAUAGGCCUCAAGUUUGGGUUUGCGUUUGUGGAGGCAGGCAAGACAGAUCCAAAGAACGUCUCCAAUGUCAUCUUUAAAAAUGUAGCAGACACAUGUAAGUUGACAUUUUGGGGUAGCUUUUUUUUGCCCAGUUUGAGAGAUAAUUUUCGGGUCUAGGAGAUGAUAAAAAUAUUAAUUUCAUGAGAUGCGAACACAUAUGACAAGUUGUUCGAAUUGAUCUUGUUCACCCAAUGCUGUUUGAUGGAAGUGUAAUUUUUUGCAGGUUCACUGUUCUUGAGCUGCACACCCACAAUUGUAAACAUUCUUUUUAGGCAACUGCGCUUUUUGCUAUAUCAAAAUGUUAAUUUUGAAGGAGAGCAUUGUGUGAGUGUUUAAUCUGUGAAGAAUCAACAAUCACAUCCUAAAAAAUAUUUUUAAAAAUUGGACUUGAAUGAGAUGAGGCUGAUUGUUAUUUAUUUUGCUCAUUUGCACCCCAGUAUCUCUAUUUGCACAUCAUCUCUUGCACAUCUAUCAUUCCAGUGUUAAUACUAAUUGUAAUUAUUUUGCACUAUAGCCUAUUUAUUGCCUUACCUCCAUAACUUGCUACAUUUGCACACACUGUAUAUAUAUUUUCUGUUGUAUUUUUGACUUUAUGUUUUGUUUUACCCCAUAUGUAACUCUGUUUUGUUGUUUUUAUCACACUGCUUUGCUUUAUCUUGGCCAGGUCGCAGUUGUAAAUGAGAACUUGUUCUCAACUGGCUUACCUAGUUAAAUAAAGUUUUAUUUUUAUUAAAAACAUAUUAAAAUACAAAAAUCUCAGGAUACUGUAGAUGUCACAUGCUUACAGGCCUCCACUGACACCAACCCAUAAACAGGUUGCAAGCUUUAUGCUUGCAUGUUAGUGUAAGAAGGAGCAAUAGCAUGCAUGCUGCUUGCUGUCUUGACAGCAGUUGUUUCAAUAGCACAGUUUCCACUUCCUGGUGACUGAUGUGGCAGAGUAGGCAUUUGUGAACUAUAGUUAGGCCUACAGGUCAAAGAAGAAAAUUAGUAGGUGACUGUUUAGGUCAUGAAGAUCUUUAAUCUGCUGGGAAAAAGUAUUGAUGUUUUUAUGCAAUGCAACCAACAAAACAAUGGGCCUAAUGGGUAAAGCUAAGUUCACUACUUCUUUUAAUCCCAUCCAUCCCUUGUUUGUUUUCAGUUGUCACCUUGCUGGCUUUCUUUCUCCAUGGCUAUGCGUUUGCCUUUGGGGAGCACAACGCUGUUAUCGGAACCCAAUUCUUCCUCACACUGAACAAGACAAACAUGGUCAACUUCUUCUUCAACUAUGUUCGCUGUGCUGUGGCCACUACUCUGGCACUAGGGGCCGCCAACGAGAGGACAGAACCCAUCGGCUACCUCAUAUCCGCAUAUGUUUUCUCAGGUAUUCUCACUCACUGAUUCUAAAACCACUGUUUUUGGGCCACUUUCCCUCCACUCAAUACUUUUGAGGUGAGGUUUGUUAUGUGGCUUGUGUUGAGAGUCUCUCUGUUUCCUCAGGAAUAAUCUACCCUCUGGCUUGUCAUUGGGUCUGGGACCAGCAAGGCAUCUUCAGUCCAACCUCCACCUCCUACCCAUCACAGGUGUGAACCAGUAAAAAUAUCAUACCAUAAUCAAAUUCAGGAUUUAGCUAUGCAUUACAAGCAGAGAGAUGAUCUCGUAUUGACCCACAUUUCCAUUCAGGACUAUGCAGGCAGCGGUGUGAUCUUCUUGCUGAGUGGUGCAGUGGCAGCUGUCUCACUGCGGGUUAUAGGAUCACGGGCUGGACGCUGGAGUCCCCAUUUCAAACGGACAGAGCACAGCCAGCCUGUAAGUCAUGGAUACAAGUGCAAAGGCCAUCGGAAGACUACAAAAGUAGAUGCUGUUCCAUUCUUCUGCAUCCACCAACUCCUUAUGUCUCCCUUGUAUAUGACUGUUCUUAGAUGGUGGUGCUGGGAGGAUGCCUUCAAAUGCUGGGGUUCUUGGGCCUGGUGAUGGGCACUCACCCCCAUGUGUUGGAUGCUGAGGAGGGCCUGCUGCUGGGGCUGGGCACUGUAAACCUGCUGCAUGCCGCUACAAGCGGAGGACUCUACGGACUAAUGAUCCAACGCAUCGAUAAGAACUACUAUGAUCUCGACAGCAUGCUCUCUGGGGCCAUUGCUGGCAUGGUAACACACUACGGGGGCUUGGAGUUGUUUUGUCUGUUGUGACUGCACAUAAUCUAUGGGGCUUGUGUUGACCAGUGCAUUAUCAAUAACUAAGCAUUUGUUUUUACGCUGAGCUCAGUCUGGUCUUUCUGUGGUGUUUACAGGUGGCAGUGUGUGCAGGAGUAGAUACCUACAUGCCUGGUGUGGCAGUCAUGUGUGGGGCCACUGGAUCUCUCCUAUUUAUCGGCUUUCGGCGCUUCCUCUGUGCUGUGAAUGUGGAUGACCCCCUUAACAUCGUCUCUGGUUAGAAUCACAUUUCUGGUUGAAAUACAAAAAUUGUCUCUCAUCCCCAAAACCACAUGAAUCAUAAUGCGUCUCACUUUCUCUUUAUGUCAGGAUACUUAAUUCCAGGGGCCUGGGGCUUGAUGCUUGCUGGUUUGUUCUCUGAUCAUGGGGCUCUUGGAGGACAUAUCCAGGUGAGAAAUAAAACAGACUACCCUGGAGUAACCUCUGCUGCAUAGUUGCUGUGGUGUACAACAUUUACUGAGUUGGUUGUUCUCCUUUUGUUUUUAUUAUUUCCAGGUGUUGGGGAACAAUUGCAUUGUGGCACUGGUGUUAUUCUUCUGGGCAGUGGCUAUGAUGUACCCUCUUCUCUCCAUACUCAUGUGUUUUGGAGUGCUGCGUGUACCCCGCUUCAUGGAGAAACAAGGUGAGAUAAUACCCAUGCUCUGCAGUCAUUUCAGCACCGGAAGCUAAGAGGAAUGGUACAUUUGUUAUGCAUAAUGAUACAUUGGUCCAAAGAUAAUGCAAGCGCUCUCUCCCUGUGGUGUGUCUUUUACAGGAAUAGACAAAAUCAGACACACACUAAGACACCCUCACGGCACCAGGAAGUCGCUGAACUAA